AUGCUAUUUGAGCUUCCAGAUAAAAUUGGCAAAGCAUUUGGAAAUGGUACACUUUCGAUCUAGUCAAGCAAAAAUAAUAAAUUGGCUGAACUUAUCAAUUCUAAAUAUACUGAAGAUAUAGUUGAAGCUAUCAGAAUGCUAUAUUGCGUAUCAAUAUCAUCAAUAAAUAUAGUAAUAUUUACAAAAUAAAGAUCUAACUCUUUAUAUGUCUAGAAUAAUUAAUUUACUCCCAAGAGAAGAUCUUGAAUUAAAAAAAUUAUGUUAAAUAUUGAUAAGUGAAUUUGCAGCUUAGCCAAAUGCAAGAACAAGCAAAUCCCAAGGAGAUGUCCUUAUUUUGGCUACUGCUCCAAUUUUUAAAGAUUUAACUAAUUAAAAUACUUCAAUAAAAUUAAAUGCUCUGAAAACAUUAUCAAGUUUGAGAAUUUAAGAACUUACACCAAUGUUAUUUACAGCAAUAAGAAAGAUUUAAUCUGAUAAAAAUCCAUUAGUAAGAAGAAGUGUUGCGUUAUCAAUUCUAAAAAUGCAUGAUAUGUGUAGUGAUGAUGUUUAACCAGAUGAUUAUAAUGAUAUUAUUAAUUUUCUGCUUAAAGACACUCAUCAAACUAGAUUAUAUGCUAUAUAUGUGAUUUUCAAAAUUACUGGAGAUCUUUAAAUAUUACACAAAUAUUAUUUUUAACUUAUCAAAGACUUACUAAAUUUUAAUAGUUUUGAUUUGGAAAGAGCUCUUCAAUUAUUAUAUUAAUAUAGUGUGAUGUAUUUCAAAGAGGGUGAUAAAGAUCUAAUCAAAUUAUUAGAUGCUUGUGAAAUCCUUCUAAGAUUACCUUAUCCAAGCAUAGUUUUAGCAAUAUCUAAAAUUUAUCUUUAGUUCCCCUAAGAAACAAGAAUUAAGAAACUUAUCAGAACUGUUGUCAAAUUUUUAAAUAUAGGAUCUGAAUCCAAAUUUAUAAUUCUCCAGAUGCUACAUCAAUUUGCACUCUCAUAUCCACAAUAUUUGAAAGAACAUUAUAGAGCACUUACAAUUUUAUAAAUAGAAAAACUAUAUUGUAAAUUACUUAAAUUAGAAAUUCUAUCCUUAUUGAUAGAUGAAAAUAAUUUUAAUAACAUUCUAGAAGAAUUGUUAUAUUAAGCCAGAUCUAAUUAACCUUAACUAGUAGCAGUGGCUGUCAAGUUAUUAUCUAAAACUACUAUCAAAUUUCCAAAAUUUAUUAAAAGAACUAUUAAAUCACUUUUGGAUAUUUUAAAAACUGGUAGUUCUGACACUAAAAAUCAUGUUAUAGCAUCUUUUUGUAAUUUAAUUAGUACUCAAGAAAGUAAAUUACCUCUUUUAGCUAUUUGUCUUUAGAAUAUUGAAGAUAUAAGCGAUAUUAGAUAUAAAGCCACUGUUAUUAAAUUACUUAGAUUAGAAAUAGGAUAAAUACCAACAAUUGUUGCUGAAAGCUUAAGAAAACUAUCAUUAACUUUUUCUUAAUAACAUGAAAAUGUUAAAUAUGAAGUAAAUUAAUAUUUAAUUUUAAUAGAUUUUGUUGCUCAGCCAUUAAUUAUAAGCAAUUAAUUAAGAAUAACAUAUUGAAUUGUUAAAUUAAUAUAUUAUGACUUUGGCUAAAUUUGAUUCAAGUCUCUUGGUUCGAGAUCUUUAUAGAACUUUAUCAAAAAGUAUAGAAUUUAAAGAAAGUUUUGUUUAAGAGGAGGAAAAUGUUGCUCCUUCUUUGGAAAUGUAAAAACUUCCCAUAGGAUCAUUGUCACAUUUGGUUGGAAUGCAUUUGCCAGGAUUAAACUUACCUUCUUAUUUAAAUGAGGAUACAAGUGAUAAAAGAAAAGUUGAAAUAUAAGUGCCACCAUAAAAAGUAGAAUAGUCUUAAUAAUAAUAAUAAUAAUAAUAAUAAUAACCAAAAAGUUAAAAAUAAUAAUAAUAAACAUAAUAAGUAGAAAAUAAAAAAGAAAUUCUCAAAAGAGUAGAAGAAGAUGUUAAAAAACAUUAUUAAAAUUUGGAUUAAGUUUUAAAUGAUUUCUUUACAGACUGA